CCUCGGGGGCCGCGGGUGCGGGGCCGGGCUCGGUGCCCGUUCCGGGCUGCCCUCUGCCUGCGCUGCUGCCGCCUGAGCUCCCGUUUUCUUCUCUCCCCAGGCCGGCGGAGCGGGUCGGCGUCCAGCUCCUGCACCGAGAAUGAAUGCGGGAAGGGCACGAACGCGGCCGUCGAUUAAGGACAGCAGCUGUCUGAAGGGCUCUCCGGAUUUUGCUUUCUCUCCUCUCUGCCGGGUGUGCUAAAAAUGCAGCAGAUGAUGCUGGGUGCGUUGCUGUUGAUGCUGUCCAUCUCCAAAGCCCCUUCCAUGAAGGAGUUCUGAGGGUUGUUGUACAGAGCAAUGGACUUGGACCCCUAUGCCAGCAUGCAGGUUGGGAUGCGGGUAGUUCGUGGAGUGGACUGGAAGUGGGGCAACCAGGACAGCGGUGAAGGGAACGUUGGGACUGUGGUUGAGAUCGGUCGGACAGGCAGCCCAACCACCCCGGAUAAGACUGUGGUCGUGCAGUGGGAUCAAGGCAACAGAACCAACUAUCGGACUGGAUUUCAAGGAGCUUACGACCUUCUUCUGUAUGAUAACGCACAAAUAGGCGUCCGUCAUCCCAACAUCAUCUGUGACUGCUGCAAGAAGCACGGCAUACGAGGGAUGCGCUGGAAGUGCAAGAUGUGCUUUGACUAUGACCUGUGCACACAGUGUUACAUGAACAACAAGCACGAUCUGUCGCAUGCCUUUGAGCGCUAUGAGACGGCGCAUUCACAGCCAGUCCUAGUGAGUCCUCGACAGAAUCUGACUCGCAUCACGUUAAAAGGGACUUUCCAGGGGGCUAAAGUAGUCCGUGGCCCAGACUGGGAAUGGGGUAACCAGGAUGGUGGUGAAGGUAAAACUGGACGUGUGGUUGAUAUUCGUGGCUGGGAUGUGGAGACUGGACGUAGUGUGGCCAGUGUCACAUGGUCUGAUGGUACCACAAAUGUCUACCGAGUCGGACACAAGGGAAAAGUGGACCUGAAAUGUACUGUGGAGGCAUCCGGUGGCUUUUACUACAAAGAGCAUCUCCCAAAACUAGGAAAACCAGCUGAACUGCAGAGGAAGGAAAGCACAGACAGGCAUCCAUUCCAGCACGGGGACAAAGUGAAAUGCCUGCUGGACAUCGACAUCUUGCGGGAGAUGCAGGAGGGCCAUGGGGGCUGGAAUCCUAAAAUGGCUGAGUUCAUUGGCCAGACAGGGACUGUGCACAGAAUCACAGACAGAGGAGAUGUGAGGGUCCAAUUCAACAGUGAAACCCGCUGGACUUUCCAUCCUGGAGCUCUGACUAAGCUCAACACCUUUUGGGUUGGUGAUGUUGUCCGAGUGAUUGAUGAUAUGGAAACAGUGAAGCGAUUCCAACCUGGUCAUGGGGAGUGGACAGAUGAAAUGGCACCUACUCUAGGGCACAUUGGCAAAGUGAUCAAAGUGUAUGGGGAUGGAGACCUGCGAGUGUCAGUUGGAGACCAGUCCUGGACAUUUAAUCCAGCUUGCCUGACAGCCUACCAGAGAGAUGAGGAAGCAAAUCUCAUGACAACAGAGAAUGCAAAGGAAUCAAAAAGCACUUUGAUUACUGUAUUGGAGAAAUUGUUGUCUCAGAAGACAGAAUCAGACCAUGCAGGGUGUUUGGUUAUUUGGGCAGCGCUCAACAAUGCAGCCAAAGUUCGGGAGCUCCUUCAGAAGUAUCCAGACAAGGUCGACAACAAGAAUCAGGGCAGAACUGCACUACAGAUCGCCUCCUAUCAGGGGCAUCUGGAUGUUGUGAAGAUUUUGCUGCAGGCACAUGCCGCUGUCAAUCUGAGGGAUGAAGAAGGGGAUACAGCGCUGCACUAUGCAGCUUUUGGAAACCAAGCUGAUGUUGCCCGUGUGCUUAUUGCUAAAGGAGCUGAUGCAGACCUGUUAAACAAUGCAAAGUGCACAGCUUUGUAUGUUGCUGUCAGUCAAGGAUUCACAGAAGUGGUGCAGGCCCUCUGUGAACUCAACUGUGAUGUCAACCUCCCAGAUUCUCAUGGAGACACCCCCCUGCAUUAUGCUAUCACUGCAGAUUACAAAGUCAUCAUUGAGAUUCUCACUGAGGUACCCAACAUUGAUUUCACUGUCCAGAACUGUCAAGGCUUCAAUCUGCUCCACUAUUCUGCUCUAAAAGGCAACAAGCUGUAAGUGAAUGAACAAUGGUAUGCAUUCCUGGGAAGA